AUGUCACGAUCAAACCAAGCCACCCAACAGAACCAAGGGCCAAAUUAUGACCCCGAGUUCGAGAGCCGUAUCGGCGUAUAUCGAAGGAGACAACGACUCCUCGUUGCGAGAAGCAUCCACUUCCGAGCUUCUCGCGCAGACUUUGAGACAGCCUGCCGAGCCAAGCUCAGCAACCCGGACUCAGUCCAAUUCUUCUGGCAGGAUGCCAACCACGUUGGGCACACCAACCACCGAGGCUGGGUCAUGCUUGGGUUUGAUACCCGAGAGAACUGUCGCCUGGCUCAGAGAGAGCUUGUGAACUUCCGGGUUCGAAACCGGAAUGUGAACAUCAGCGUGGCGAGCAAGCGAGCUUUUGCUCCGGCUGAUCAAUCAUCGCAAGAAUCGUCUCUUGCCCAAGCCGCUGCUCCCGCCAACCCUGGUGUAGCUCCUCCUCCUCCCACCACCACCACCACCACCACCAGGACGGCCACCACCACAACCGCCGCCGCCUCAGUUGAAGAGACUUCGACUGCCCCCGCCGCCGACAUCAUGGCGGCCUUGCUGGAGUCUCUUGACCGCCCUUCGGCCCCUCAGUAG